CUGGAAAAUGGCUGUGUAGGGGAUCGAGGAGUUCUGGACGGGAAAAGAAAGAAAGAGGGACAGAAAGGAGGCAAACAAGACGCCAGCCCGUGCUCUUCUACGAGUGAACUCGCAACGAAACAUUCUAGUCCAAGCACUCGAUUCCAGACGGACUUGUUGAGGGUUUCUCCUGCGCCACAGAAAGUGAGAGCCGAGAACAUCAGCGGUCAGCCUAAUUCCUGGUCCACAACAUGCGGGUGCCUGAGAGAACUGAAGAGGAUUAGAGACCUUCCCCCUCCUCUGUCCUCCAAUCACGUUGCAUCAUUUGACCGUUGGGAGCCAACACGCGCUCGGUCCAGCCUGGCAAGUAGUGACCAGGCUGCUCCGAUAGCACCCACCCGGCCGGUUGAAGCUGACUGAGAGAGCAUGUUGCCAACGUUCUCCCUCUGCUCCAUCAUCUGGCUUAACCGAGGAAUCAAACUGAGGAAACUGCAGCAGUCGGCCUACCCCGGUCCUGUCUGAGACGGCGUCCACCGAAUCUGGAAAAGAGCUACUUUGCAGACUUUAAAAAUGCUCCUAAGUUUCGGAUGACUUUUCUUUCACCCCUUAUUCCCCUCCUAGGAAUUUAGUGACUUGAUAACCACUCUGGUUUUUGAGGAGGAUUUCCAGAUAUCUGAACCCCGACGUUGCACAAGCACUGGGGCUGCAGUGCGUAAUUCUUACUCCAGUGGCCAUUUUGACUACUGCUUGAUAAACAAAAUGGAGGCAGAAGGUUUCCAGUAUCGGGCCCUCUUCCCCUUCAACAAGGACCAGGAGGAGGACUUGGACCUACAACCCGGCGAUCUCCUGACAGUGAGCAAGGCGUCUCUGCUGUCCACAGAGAACUACCACAGCGGUUGCGAGCAACAGCCCGAUUGCCUGGGCUGGCUGCUCGGCUACAACGAGCGCACGAAGCAGAGAGGAGACUUCCCCGGGACUUACGUCGAGUAUGUUGGCCCCGUGAAAAUGGCGGUUCCAUCCAUUCAGCCCAGAUCUCAGCGACCCCUUCCCGCUGCGCCCAGGGCAGAGUCACCCCAAGCUGUUUCUGUGCCGGACUUGAGUGAGCAGUUCACACCACCAGAGACGGCUCCCCCGGCCCUCAUCAGCCUGAUCCAAGCCAUAGAAAAGAGAGGUCUGGACUACACAACACUGUACCGGACAUCCAGUGCUUUUGCUUUGGAAAUGCCAGUACACAGCUUGCUUUCUGAGUGUGACCUCAGUCAGAGAGAUGUAGAGUUCCUCUCUGAGUGUGUCCUUUGUUACCUGCGAGAGCUUCCAUCGCCUGUCAUCCCCGCUUGCGUCUAUCCUCAACUCCAGGCCGUCGUCAUGCAGCAGCAGCAGCAGCUUCUGCAACAGUCCGCGGAUGGCGCCGUAUCCAGCAACCAUGACAGAGAGUUGAGCCUGGUACUGGAGAGCUCCACCGCUGUGCCCCUCCACCACCGCCUCACCCUGCAGUACCUGCUCACACACCUGUCCAAGGUCACGCAGGCACAAAGCAGCAACGGCCUGGACACACACACACUGGGAAAGAUCUUUGGUCCCCUGCUGAUGCAUACGAGUCCCUCCGCCUUGUCGUUCAUGGAUGAAGAGUUGUCUGCACUUGUGGUGGAGCGUCUCCUGAUUGAGAGGACCACAGAGCAAGACCUCACUCCUCCUGUUCUCCCAGCGAAGCCAACUAAGUCAAAGGCGUCUCAAUCGGCCGUGACGGACUCAAGCAGCCUGCUGAAUGACUCUGAAUGGUACUGGGGAGAAAUUUCAAGAGAGGAAGUGAAUGAGAAGCUAAAAGACACCCCCGAUGGAACCUUCCUGGUCAGAGAUGCCUCCAGUAAACUGGAGGGCGAGUACACACUCACACUCAGGAGAGGAGGGAACAACAAGCUAAUUAAGAUCUAUCAUCGAGAGGGGCGGUACGGCUUCUCAGAGCCCCUCACGUUCAUGUCUGUGGUUGAACUCAUCAAUCACUACCGACACGAGUCUUUGGCUCAGUACAAUGCCAAACUUGACACCAAGCUUUUGUACCCAGUCUCCAAAUACCAGCAGCUGGUUAAGGAAAACAGCAUUGAGGAGGUGGGAGAGCAAUUAAAGGUUUAUCACGAGCAAUACCAGGAGAAGAGUCGCGAGUACGACUCUCUGUAUGAGGAGUACACACGCACAACUCAGGAGCUCCAAAUGAAGCGGACAGCCAUCGAAGCUUUCAACGAAACCAUCAAGAUUUUCGAGGAGCAGUGCGAGACGCAGGAGCGCUACAGCCGAGAGUCGUUGGAGCGGUUCCAGCGAGAGGGCAAUGAGAAGGAGAUUCAGAAGAUCCAGAGCAACUCUGAACGUUUGAAGUCUCGCGUGAAAGAGAUCCACGACAGCAAACGGAAACUGGAGCAAGACUUGAAAGAGCAGGUUUCUGACAACAGAGAGAUCGACAAGAAGAUGAACAGCCUGAAGCCCGAUCUCAUGCAGCUCCGCAAGAUCAGAGACCAGUACUUGAUAUGGCUGAGGCAGAAGGGUACGAGGCAGAGGAGGAUAAACGAGUGGCUGGGAAUAAGGAAUGAUGCUGAUGACUCCUACUCUCUGGAGGAGGACGAGGGCUCGCCCCACCAUGAUGAGUGCACCUGGUACGUGGGCGACAUCAAACGCACCCACGCCGAAGAAAUGCUGAGAGGCAAAUGUGACGGAACCUUCCUGAUCCGAGAGAGCCAGACGCAGAAGGGCUCCUACGCCUGCUCCGUUGUUGUGGAAGGCGUGGCCAAGCACUGCGUCAUCUACAAGACGGUCACUGGGUACGGAUUUGCUGAGCCAUACAAUCUCUACUCGUCCCUCAAAGACUUGGUGCUUCACUACAAAAAUGUCUCCUUGAUCCAACACAACGACCAGCUGAAUGUAAACCUAGCGUACCCGGUCCUGGCCCGCUCGCAGAAUCACACCCAGCAACCCAGAUGAUCCAUCACGUCCCUGACGCCGAACUGGACGGGAAACUGAAAUUUCACUUUAAAGCAUCGGAUUUAAAAAAAAGACAUCCCGAGUAGAUUCAACUGAACAAGCAUGACUCUGACUGCUGACUGACCCCAGACCAGUGGAGAGUACACCUUGCUUGCAGCAUGGCUUCCUAUUAAGCACACGACUGACAUCAAAUGACUGUACAGUUGCCAGCGGCAUCUUCGCCUGUACAGUGUCAGUUGUGUCAAACAUAGUGUGAAAACCUUUGACUCGGUAGAUUAAAAGACUAAUAGGCGAGCUAAAGGAUAAGGCUAGACAGAAUUCUGGAGAAUGGGGAGACUAAAGGAUGCACUUUCUUUUGCCUAAAAAGACAAAGGCCUGAUCUGUCGUUCUCAGACCGCCUGCAUCAGUCUGUAGACAAAAGCCUGAGCUUGCAUCCGAAGAACGGACCCGGCUGCACUUAACACCGCUCCGCAGCUGAGAAACAAGGACACAGGGGUGUAGUCACUGGAGUACGGGGGUCGAGGAGCUUUCUGAAGCAAGUGCCAUAGCUAUAGCUUUGAAUGACCACAAACCUGUGUCGCUGUGGAACAGGAGGACGAGCGCUUGUUUAAAAAAAAGCUACAGCUUUAAGGAAAUCUCUAUAUUUUUAUCAAAGUGUCUUUUUCCACCCGCUCUCUUUCUCAGUGCGCCUCCAUUUAGAUUAGCGAGGUAUGAGUGAAAACGUUCGGUGUAUUUUGAUACUCUUUCUUAUCACAGUACACUGGACGGAGAGGUACGUGGUUUCAUGCAGUCCCUCACAGUUCAGGUUCCUUUCUGACUGAAUAUUUUCCUGCAUCAAACUUGCGUUUAUCAGGCUUCUUUAAUACUGUAGCAUCUGUGGCCAUCGACUUUUACGGCUUAACUGUUAUUGCUCCUCUCACGUGUCGGCUUCUUGUACGCUGAAGAGCAUCAUCUUCGUGAUUAUUAUUAUGGUACUGUAUGGCUUUGUCUCUAGGUAGAUGGACUGUUUUAGCGGUACAUGCUCUUUAUUGUUGGGUUUUAUGUAUCUACUCGCGGUGCUUCCUCUCUUCGUGCUUGACUGUUGAUUUUGUUUUUCUCGCAGACAUGACUCACCGAGCUGUAGAACAUCGAUGUACAUACAGAAUAUAUAAGCAGUAAUAUAACUCAGCCACAUAAGCCGUCAUGUUCGUGAUUUGUUUUGUUCCAGGAUCCGCAGUAUCCAGCUAAUGUGAGCCAAAUGAAGGAUGUAUUUUCAUGUAGCAACACGGAGGGAAAAAAGGUCCUUUUGCCAUUUAGCCAGGCGUCUGUGGUCCCAGAGAUUAUCUUGUGUGUAUGAAGACCUUCUCAGUUUGGGUUUUCUUUCUGGUCACCAGUGGUCAAAGACGGUGUCGUUGUGCUGCACUCAUCGGCGGCGGUGUCACUUGUUCUUAGAUCAGUUGCCACCGUUGUUUGCUUAUGCAGCGAAUUCCCGCUCGCUAGGAUUGUUCUCAUCUGUAUGGAAACACAGUUCACUUGGAAGUCGUCUGGUUGUUGUCGAGCAAAACUUGCCGGUAAAACGGAAAAUAUUUUUGUAGAAGAAACGGUCGAGGUGGCAUUUUUUUUUUACAACUUGUCGAUGAAAGUUGUCUUAUUUUUUAUGACACAGUUAAAAUGCAUCACCAGAAUGGCAACAUAAGCUCGAUAUGAAAUCAAAUAUCAACUCAAAACAUUUCACUUUGAUACUAUUCAGGAUUAUUCAGUCGUACUGUACUUUGCACAAUUCUUGGCAAACUAAAAUCCCAAGAAUGAUACCGGAGGUGGCGACAGUGCGUCUGAUCUGAGGGCUUUAAUCGAGAGAACGAUGAGAAGUGCCUUGAAGUCAUUCACGUCACUAGAGGGCGCCAUUGCUCCUUACGCGUUGUGCCCGUCAUUCACAGUUGCCAUUUACCUUGAAUGGCGUGUUUGUUUCUGUGGAAGAGCCACGUUAAAGCUCUCUGUCGUUACAUGUGUUCAGUUUUGGCGGUUCGUGCGGCAGCUUGGUGCUCACUCUCUCUCUCUCUGGCUCUCACUUUGCACACAAGCUGGCGGUGUUUUGAUGUCAAAUGUGAACCGUACACAUCCAUGUCGGAUAAGCUCUCAUCGCAUUGCAGCAUUCGUCACAAGCUUGUGAUCUGGUGACCCACCUCCACCACUUUAUACCGUUCGUUGGACCAACACUUUUUGUGACUGCACUUUUUUUUCUGUCCCUCACGAUCCUUGCGCCCAAAAACCAUGACGAACAGACAGCGGUGAAGCUCGGUGGCGAACAGCGCCACCACUUGUUGAUAGUUUUAAGGUCUUUUCACGCGUUAUAUCAGGGUGAUCGACUUCUUUCUUAAUAAUGUACACGGUGUACAGUUUAUGCUGCCGUUGUUGUAAAUCGUAUGCUUUUGACUGAUUGCGAUGUUUGAUAUAAAGUUAGUUUUACUACAUAAACUCUGUAAUAACAAACAUAAAAGAGAGCUGCUUGCUCGUUUAUGCACUUUUUGUCCGCUCAGCAAAAAUGUCCAACUUAAAAAGCUGCACAACUUUAAAGAGAAUUUUGUUCAAUGAAUCAUUUCCGAUUAUAUAUAUUUAGAUAUUAAGCAGCACAAUUUUAUCAUUGUGAUUCAGUCCCAAAAAUGAGCGUUAUCUUAGGUCAUAUAACAUUUUACAAAUGAUCUCGGACUUGGACACUUGCUGUAUAUUUUGAAGAUCAUAUCCAAGGACCUGUUUUGGGGAAACAUAUCUUGAUAAGUUGGACAUUUUUGUGGGUGAACUUUUCACCUGCCAUAUUAUCCUGUUAAUCACAGAUGUUUAACAAGAGAGAGAAGCAAUGUAACUUCAGUAGCAUCGAUCAGUAAUACGCGAUGAGAGUGCAUGAUAUUAUAGUAGUCGCUGAAACUCAACGAUCGUGCUAUCACGCUGAGUAAUAGCUGAAAUAACUUUUAAAAAGACGUUUAUUUUUUUUUUUUCAUUCUCUUCGGUACACUGUAAAUCCUUGAAGCGGCCUCGCGGAAGAAGCACACGAUAGAGAACCAGUAUAUUUGGGGUUCGAAAGAGAGACUAUUUUGAAAUAUAUUCUUAGAAAGCUAUAUUUUUGGAUAAUGUCUUUCUGAAAACCUUUUUUUUUCCAUGCACAUUUUCAUUUUUUUGGUUGUAAAAUUUGCAAAACUGAUGCAUAAAGUGGAGAUCAUCUUAGAAAUUUUGCUUUGAAGCCCAGAUUUAAUUGUUGUGGUUUUAUAAGCAUUUUUUUUUAUUGUUUAAAAGAAAUUAUUCUGGUAGAAUUAGCGGUUCAUGCCUCAAUUUAGGGAGAAAAACUUGAAUAUGGAUGUCCCCUUUUGCAAUGACGACUUAAGAAGCUAAAACUAAGUUGACUUUCUGUUCUAAAAUUAGUUGUUUUUGGGGGACAAAAAUCUGUUCUAAAGCCGAAUAUUGCAUUUUUUUACACUUGAUUUAUCAGUUAAGGCUUCAAAAUAUGGUUUAAAACUAGAAAAUGAUCGCACUUACUUGACUUUCUACAGGCAAGAGCAAUAAAUAAGUAAAAAAAAAUGUGUAGCUGAAUGGUUGAAAACUCUAUAACCCGUUACACUUAUUGGUAAUGGGUUAUACAGAACAAGCAGUUGUGUUGAAUCCAGCGGUACAUGCACAGUGAUUUGGGGAAGAAAAUAACUUGAAAGACGUACAUUUUUACGCCCAAAAUAUUAGUUUAAAAAGUAGGCCUAUUAGCGAGCAUUAUCCAAAAUGCAGCUGGCAUUUUGUUUCUGUCACAAUCUGCGACGUUAUGACGAAAAUCUGUUGCGUUCCGAGGACAAAGCGAGCUCAUUGUACAUGUGUUGAUAGUUUCAGAGCUUAGUCUUUACGUUACGUUUGCAUUUGAUAAAUACUAGAGUUUAUUCUUUGAGAAGCCUUUGUCAUUUUGAACGGUUUGGGGAGUAGCUGCAGUGUUAAGAGGAUGCACCACAAAAGUAACACUUCACCUGGUGCCAAACCAGUCAUAGAAAAAGAAAAAAAAUAAACAGGAAAGAAAAAAACAGCCCUUGACUGAUUAAAAAUGAACUCAAAAAUCGGCAUUAGUGAGUGAGCUUUUGUGGUGACAUUUUUUUUAGUCUGCUUUUUUUUUUUUUUUUUAUUAAAGCCAAUAGAUACUGUUUGUUUAUAUGUGUCAGAGCCUAUACAGAAAAUAAUAAGCUAGCUUGAUUUUCUUUCCUCCAUAAAGAAAAAAACAAAUGUUUACAAUAUAUAAUUAACCAAAUGGCAAAUACAUGUUGGGAAAAUCAACCUGUCCCUGGCUGAUUUUCACUGUUUUUGUGUCAUUAUUUUUGUUUUUUCACUCGAGAACAGCGCUCCCUCUUGCUGUUUGUUGGUGCAUUGUGUUGGCUAUAUUUCACAAUAAACAUUAUUUUAUCCUGGUGUCUUUUUAUCUGUUUAAGCACAUUUAAAAAGGCCUAAACUUUCUUAACAAUGUGAAUUAAAAUAAAAAAAAUCUACACCGACGUGCUGCGCUCAGAGGGGGCGCUGUUCUGCCACACAGUCUGUUGGUUGUGUUCUCCUAUGCAUGAUGAUGAUAAUGGUAUUUUCUUCUUGUGUUGUUCCGCCUCUGUCAGUAUCAGGGUUUGGUUCUCUUCUGUACAGCUUGCUUCAGAGUUGCCUGUCCACACACAUACUCUCGUCUGUACGGUUCUUUCUUUAGGCUGAUGCAAUGAUUUCAAAAAGGCAAUUAAAUAUAUAUAAAUCA